ACACUCUCCUUCUUCAUGCACGACAUCGUUGGCGGGACAAACCCAUCGGCCAUAGCCAUGACCGGAAUCGUCACGAACCCUGCAAUGAGCGGCCAAGUCCCGUUCGCCAAGCCCAAUGGCGCAAACCUUCCAGUGAACAAUGGCGUCCCUCAGAAUAGCAACAACAACGGGAUCGUGAGCAACAACAAUGUCCCCUUCUUCACCGGCCUGGCUGGGAACGCAGGUAACUUUCUCCAGAGCCAGAACAACGGCAACAACUUCAUCGCGGGAGGCUCCGGUUUCCCAUUCGUGAACGGUGCACAACUUCCUCCAGGCAUAACCCUUCAGAAACUCAUGUUCGGAACCUUGACAGUCUUCGACGACGAACUGACCGAAGGGCACGAGCUCGGGUCUGGCCUGAUCGGAAAGGCUCAGGGGUUCUACGUAGCGAGCUCAGUUGAUGGAACAAGCCAGACGAUAGCUUUCACUGCCAUGUUUCAGAGCGGUGGAUAUGCUGAUACACUGACCUUCUUCGGAGUUCAUAUGACGGCGGCGGCGGAGUCUCAUUUGGCUGUCAUGGGAGGGACCGGAAAGUAUUUGAAUGCAAAGGGUGUCGCCACUGUGAAGACUUCUCCGGCUUCUGCUGAUCAGCACAACACUGAUGGAAUGGAGACUCUGCUUCAGUUCAAUGUGUAUCUUGUUUACUAGUAAGGUUCAUAAUUGUUUGAAAUCUGCACACUUUAGAGGUU